CCAACAUAUCAGCCCGCGCAUGCAUAACCCGCCGCCGUGACUGGACAGCGGCCCCCACCAAUUGCUAAGGCUCUAGCCAUCAAACAUUGACCCUGGUCACUCACUGCAGUGCGAAGAGACCGCCACUGCAGACGCAGCCAUGCAGGAACCAAUGCGGCCACUGGAACCCGCUGGAGCCCGUUGUAUGCAGGUACCGUCCACAGCUUCCAGGGCUCUUUCCGCCUUGGAUCAUGGCCGGGGGGUAGGGCCUUCCCCGACAGGUAGUCGGUGCUGUACGAGUAGCUGCCACAUCACCCGCGCGCGGGACUCUGCUGCAGUCCGCAGUACAGAGUACAUAUGCCAGUCCAGGUCUCUCCACCCGCCAGUCAGUCAACAUGGUCAGCUCAUCGCCUUGCCGUUCACAGCACAAGAGGCGCCGCCGUUACAGCCAAGCGUCGCUGCCGCCUCCGCAAACUUGAGCUCCAGAGCUAAUAGCCUAAUUGCUGUAGUGCUUCGGGUAGGCAAGAUGAUUUCACAAGUACCUGUACGAGCACCAACGCGUGUUCAUUCGCAAAAGGCCCACCGAUCCUCAAUCCGCCGUUCUGCACGGCCACCGACUCUUCGAUGUCUUUGUCGUCCCCCCCCCGGCCGGGUUGAAUCUCAGAGAUGCAGCACUCGUACGGAGUGCUUACCGCUGCACUCAAUUGAACGGCCCUUGAGCCGAGCGGCCAUCGACACCGCCAGUAGCCAGGAUGGCGGUGAUUUGACAGGUUGCGCGGGAAAAGGCUUUUUUUGCCUCCUCGCCAAAAAUUCGCGGAACCGGCAGCCGUCCACCGCCUGAGAAAAAAGAUUUCGGCACCACCCUUGCUAGGCGAAUGUCUCUGGCAUCUGCAAACGAUAGAUCGCACUACUGGCACACGGCCUCAGAUGAAGGGCCAGGGUCCCGGCGUAACUGUUGCGAGUCCUGCUGGCAGACCGUCUUCUUGACUCGAACAAUUGACCCUGGCGACCUGUGGCACUGGUCACUGGUUUUCGGAUGGAUGCGACAGCGUGCCCCGGACUCGAGCGAGAG